GUAGAGAUAAUUUUAGUCCUCUAAGAGUGCAGACUGUGUAUUCAGUAAAUAUAAAAGUCUUUAAAUUCUUCUUUUGAAACGUGGUUGUCAAAACAUACUAAGCAAAUUAAGCUACUUCAUCGCAACUCUACUGCAGAUACUUAAAAAAUUACAAUAAGUUUUCAAGCUUCAAGUAUAAUUUGAGGAAGCGUAACAGGCAGUAUGCAAUUCAAAUAAAAAUCGUUGGAAAAAUAUACAAAUUGGAGAUAAAUACAAUUAUAGGUGCACUGAUUUUUAUGUACGAGUACAAUAUGUUUAUUUCUUAAUUAUUGGUAACGAUUUAUAUAUUUAAAAUCGCAUCUAUCCGAAUAUCAUUUUUGUAUUUUUGCUUAAGUUCUUUCUAUGUUUUCUAAAAGAUUUGCGUUACAAGCGUGUACGUUUGUUAUCUACCAACCAUUAUCUGCUCAUUUUCAUGCAAACUUAACAGAUUACAUCGAUCCUGUUUUGCUGGCGCAUGAUGUAGCUGUAGCUGAGAACCGUUGACCAAAAGAAUCAAAAAUCAUCAAUUACUCACGGCAGCUUACUAAAUACGCAUGUUUUUUUGAAGUUGCGUUUUAAGACGUAUUUAUAGCUUGAAUGAUGUAUUUUUCGGUAAUAAGGUACUAAUUUAAUUCUUAUAUAAUUUUCGAUGUAGUUUUAAAUUUAAUUUUUAUUGGGACCUUUAAAAAAAUGUUCUACCAUUGGCAUUGUAGUCGCCAUCAAGAAUCUUUACACUUUACUGCAGAGUGUUCAAACGGUUUCAUAAUCGUUAUUUUCAACAGGUGAACCAAAUCAUAACUGAAAAAUAAUCGUAGCCCUUAGUGCUUUUAUCAGUUGAAGGGAAUUUAUUUUUUUUUAAAUCAUCAAUUGUUGGAAAAUUAUAUAUAAUAGUUCUAUUAACAAUUUUGUAAUUUAAUUAAUCGCACUAAGAAACUGCUAUUGGAACUGGAGUUAUACGCAAAUAAAUAGGACCACCUCAGAUCUUCACUUUGCUUCUCUAUUUUUAGCAUUUACAUAAUUUGAUAAAGAUCCAGCAAUGAUAGGUAUAAAGAUGUACUUGCAUUUUAUUGUGCGGCUUUAAAUUAUUGUAAAUAAGAAAAAUUAAGUGCUUCUGUAAAAAUGCAACUUAAGAAAGAAACCACCAUUAUAGUAGUCGUGAUGGUUCUGUCCUGGAGUCCAGGGACCGACUUAAAGAGACCUACUAACGCACAUGGUCAGGAUACAGUGUCCGUUUCUCUGCCAGGUGACAUAAUACUUGGUGGGUUAUUUCCCGUUCAUGAAAAAGGUGAGGGUGCUCCAUGCGGCCCAAAAGUAUAUAAUAGAGGAGUUCAACGCUUGGAGGCAAUGCUCUAUGCCAUAGAUCGCGUAAACAAUGACUCCAACAUACUUCCUGGAAUAACGAUAGGGGUACAUAUACUCGACACCUGUUCCAGAGAUACAUAUGCCCUCAACCAGUCGCUGCAGUUCGUCAGAGCAUCUCUAAACAACUUGGAUACGUCAGUGUUCGAGUGCUCAGAUGCGUCAAGCCCACAACUAAGAAAAAAUGCUUCGUCGGGGCCUGUUUUCGGAGUUAUUGGUGGAUCCUACAGUUCAGUUUCCUUACAAGUGGCAAACUUGCUCCGUUUAUUUCAUAUUCCCCAAAUAUCACCAGCGUCAACUGCGAAAACGCUUUCGGACAAAUCACGUUUCGACCUGUUUGCCAGAACAGUACCGCCAGACACCUUUCAAUCCGUGGCACUUGUAGAUAUAUUAAAAAAUUUUAAUUGGUCCUACGUAUCGACGAUACAUUCGGAGGGAUCUUAUGGUGAAUAUGGGAUUGAAGCUUUUCACAAGGAAGCCACCGAACGUCACGUAUGCAUAGCAGUGGCCGAAAAAGUGCCUAGUGCCGCAGACGACAAGGUUUUCGACACAAUUAUCGGCAAACUCCAAAAGAAGCCAAACGCUCGAGGAGUCGUGCUGUUUACGAGGGCUGAAGAUGCACGGCGGAUUUUGCAGGCAGCCAAACGUGCUAAUUUAUCGCAACCGUUUCAUUGGAUAGCAAGUGACGGCUGGGGCAAACAGCAAAAACUACUCGAGGGAUUGGAGGACAUUGCGGAGGGCGCAAUUACUGUGGAACUGCAGUCGGAGAUAAUUGAAGACUUUGAUCGCUACAUGAUGCAGCUGACGCCAGGGACAAAUCAAAGGAAUCCCUGGUUCGCUGAGUACUGGGAGGAUACGUUUAAUUGCAAUCUCGCACCCAGUUCGGAGCAACCAAAGUCGGCUGAAUCAACUGAAGUAAAGGUCGGCAUCAAGGCUAAAACGACUUGUGACGAUAGUUUUCGGUUAUCUGAUAAAGUUGGAUAUGAGCAAGAGUCCAAGACUCAAUUUGUUGUGGAUGCUGUAUACGCAUUUGCCUAUGCACUUCAUAAUUUGCAUUAUGAUCGUUGUAACUCACAAAGCGACCAAACUUCUGAACAACGAAGGCACCAACAUAGCGAAUCUGUGUGGUAUCGAAAAGUAUCAACAGAUUCAAAGUCUCAAGCGUGCCCCGAUAUGGCCAAUUACGACGGAAAGGAUUUUUACAACAAUUACCUAUUAAACGUCUCUUUCAUAGAUCUGGCUGGGAGCGAAGUGAAAUUUGAUCGUCAAGGCGAUGGAUUGGCCAGAUAUGAUAUUUUGAACUAUCAACGUCUGGAAAACUCUUCGGGGUAUCAGUAUAAAGUUAUUGGCAAAUGGUUUAAUGGCUUACAACUGAAUUCUGAAACAGUAGUCUGGAAUAAGGAAGCUGAGCAACCAACUUCGGCAUGUUCACUGCCAUGUGAGGUUGGAAUGAUAAAAAAACAACAGGGAGAUACCUGUUGCUGGAUAUGCGAUAGCUGCGAGUCCUUCGAAUACGUAUAUGAUGAAUUUACCUGUAGAGACUGCGGUCCAGGACUUUGGCCCUAUACUGACAAGCUGUCCUGUUACUCUCUAGAUAUCCAGUACAUGCGAUGGAAUUCAUUAUUUGCUCUCAUUCCAAUGGCCAUAGCAAUGUUUGGUAUUACAGUGACAAUUUUAGUUAUAGUCCUAUUUGCAAAAAACCACGAUACUCCACUGGUAAGAGCUUCAGGUCGAGAGCUCAGCUAUACCCUGCUAUUUGGUAUACUUGUCUGUUACUGCAAUACUUUUGCUCUGAUAGCUAAGCCAACAAUUGGGUCCUGUGUGUUGCAGAGGUUUGGUAUUGGGGUUGGCUUUUCUAUUAUAUAUAGUGCUUUGCUCACGAAAACCAAUCGAAUAUCACGAAUCUUUCACUCUGCAUCCAAGUCAGCCCAACGCCUUAAGUAUAUUAGUCCACAAUCACAGGUGGUAAUAACAGCAUCUCUGAUCGCUAUACAAGUACUAAUUACAAUGAUUUGGAUGGUAGUUGAACCACCUGGAACACGCUUUUAUUACCCUGACCGAACGGAAGUGAUACUAAAGUGCAAAAUUCAAGACAUGUCCUUCCUUUUUUCCCAGCUAUAUAAUAUGAUUCUCAUUACAAUUUGCACUGUUUAUGCAAUUAAAACAAGGAAAAUUCCUGAAAACUUUAAUGAGUCAAAGUUUAUUGGAUUUACCAUGUACACCACAUGUAUUAUCUGGCUAGCCUUUGUGCCCAUUUAUUUUGGAACUGGAAAUUCGUAUGAGGUGCAAACUACUACGUUGUGCAUUUCAAUAAGUCUGAGUGCAUCAGUGGCUCUUGUAUGUCUAUAUUCACCCAAAGUAUACAUCCUCGUCUUCCACCCGGACAAGAACGUCCGCAAGUUGACCAUGAACAGCACCGUCUAUAGGCGAUCGGCAGCAGCUGGAGCUCAGGGUGCGCCGAGCAGCUCCGGAUACAGUCGUGCGCAGGGAGCAGGCACAUCCGUGCCGACAGGAGGGGCGGUAGGUACCACAGCGUCUUCAAGUGUCCUUCCAACGCAAAACAGCCCCAACCUUGAGGAAGUCACAGGCCAAAAAGCUGUCGUGCACAAAACCAGUGAAUAUAGUAAUGGUGAAUUUCUGCGGGAAGAAGGCGAAUUUGUUGAGCCAAUGCCAAUAUGCAACCAAGUAGAAAAUUAAGAAAUAUCACACUUUAAUAUUUAUCAACAAGCGACGCUUUUUAGAAAAGACUACUUACCUUAUAGAAAUAUACAUUUUAAUUUUAGAUUAUACUUCCUCGGUUAAAUACGAACCGACAUUUUCUAAUAUCGCAAUUAAAGUAGUAUAAUGUCCAUAUACUGGAUUAAUUUAGUGUAAGGGAAAUCUAUAGAGAUUUAAAAGUUAGUGCUCCAUUUCACCAAAAUAGGUAGUUAAAGAGAUUAUUAACUGCAGCGGGUAGUGAAUUCGUAUAAAUGAUCAAAAUUAAUCUGGUUAAGAAGUAUGUAGAAAGAAGCAUUUCCAACCCUAUUAAUAUUUAUACAUAUUCUCGAUCCGAAUCAUUAGCUACGUCUUCUCGACUCUUCGUAUGUCCUUAUAAAUAUCAAAAUCACGGAAACAAUUAAAGCUUAAGUUGGGAUUAUAAUAGGAAGAGGGAUUUGACAAUCAAAUUCCUCCACUUUGUUCCUUAUAAGCAUCAUUAGCAAGUUUUUUUUUUUUAAUUAACGAGCUCAAAUAAAAAUUUGAAAUAUCUACAAUUUAUCCACCCUAAGACAGUGAGGGGUUUAUUUAUAAUUUCUAACUGGAUGUUAUGCUUCGGGCAAUUUACUGGAUAAUUAUCACUUUAGAGGUGCUUUCUGUAGAAAGUCACUUAGUUUUACACUAGCUGAAAGCCAAGUCAUUCCCACACUUUUAAAUGAUUUUGGAGACUUAUGAUAAUUUAUAAUGAAAAGAAGUAAAAUUCCGUUUUUUAAUUGAACUACCUAAAAUAUUUAAAAAAAAACAGGUAGUGGUUUUUCCAUGUGAUUUUAGUUAUUUAAAAUGUGGCUAUUAAAUCAGACUAAGAUCAGAUUAGGCUAAUUUUUAAUUUAUUUGGUACUUGUUCUUAAAUAAUCAAAAGAACUAUGAACUCCCUAGAACUUUGAAUUUAAUUCCCUGAUGCUUAUUUCACUACUUCUGUUUGGUUUUAUGUUUCAUGUAUGAGUAUUCUUACAUAUCAUUUAAAUUUUUUGAUUUAUAAGAGUUUUAAAAUCCAUUUAGCAAGACCAUUAUAGAGGGUAAGAACAUCUAAUAGAAAUAAUAUAGUUAGAACCGUAUAGUUAACAUGCAUUAUACAUACUUAUCUCAGCUAUCAUUAUUUCUCUGGUUCAUACAAAUCUAAAAAAACGCAUAGUUAUGCUGAAAACUAAAAAGUAAAGUGAGAACCUGAAAGUCGUUUUAUAGCAUAUUACAUUUUUGUUAUAGCUGCAAGGGGUAAUUAAUUUGUAUAACAAGAAUAGAUUUAACAAUUUGUAGAAGGGAUGGUGAUGUGUUUUGUAAAUGACCAGUUGUAUAUACGAUUAAUUGUGGGGCUCAAAUUGUUGUGUUGUUAUUUUUGUUGUUUUUACACGCGUUCCUAAGAAAAUAUGACGGCUUAAGGACUUUCGAUUAAGGAGGCUAAAAAAAAUUGCAUUCAAAAAUUUAAAAAGAUUCUUAAAUUACAUUUAAGUUAUAAUUAAGCUUUAUAAUGGUGCUUAAUUUAACAAAGUUGUCAAUUUUUGUUGAGCUAGUAAUUGGUUUUAUAUUUUUCAUUAGAUGAAAAUUCUUUUUAGCUUAGGUCAAUUAAAAGUUGAAUAAUAGUAUAGUAUAGUAGGAAGAAAGUUAUGCCGAUUUGGCCGGAUAUUUCCUUGUUGGAAAUUACCAGACCUGAAUUAACCUGAAAAUAAAAAUGUUUUGGUAUAACAAAUUUUUAAUAGGUAUUUAGCGUAAUCUAGAAACAAUGUAGCAAUGCAAAAUUGUGAAAUUCAGAAAAUUUUUCGAAUGUUAUAGCCCAAUCCCCAAAAUAUAUUAUUUAAACAGGAGCGCCAUAAGAAAAAAUUUGACCAUAAAAAAAGAUAAAAAUAAACAUUUUAUCAAUAUUUAGUCAGUUUUUGAAGCUUUAACUCAUGACUUAUUAGGUUAUUUUAAUAAAAAAUAAAAAAUGGAAUGAAAAUUAUAACUUUGUUGUUUCUAAUACUCCGAGUUUUAGUCAUUCAACAAUUUCAAAAUACCGGCUUUAUUUUUUUACAAAUCUGACGACUAUAUCAGCUGUAAUAGAAACUAUCGAGAAAUGUAUCAUAAGAUCGAACUUCAUUACUUCAAGGAAAUAUGAAAUAUUUUAGUUUUAACAGCUGCAAGGGUAUAUAUACUUCGGCAUCUUUAAGUUUACUUUCUUUUUUGUUGUGUUCAAAUAUUAAUAGAUUAAAGGUGUUUUAACUUUAACAGAUUUUUACCAUACGACUUAACAACCAAAUUUUAAUUUUAAGCAAACCUCCCAUUGGUUUGCCACUGACAUUAGUUAAAUGCCAAACAGUAGCAUGCACAUUCAAUAUGUGGCACUAGAUUUAGGCUUUAAGACUCAGAAGUUCUCAAAAUUCGAUCUCGAUUUGGUUCGCAAUAGUCAAAACUGUUAUAGGAAAAAUGGUUUUUAAAGUAUGUUUAGUAAAUGUAAUUACACGUUAAGCCAAGAUGUUAUUCGUUAUUAAAAGUUACAAACUAAUUUAAAGCCAUUAUAUUAUCGUAUUUGUACAUACACAUUUCCAUUAAUACAUGUUAGUCGUAGAUAAGCCCACCUUUGUAAUAAAAAUUAGAUAGUUGUAUACACGUUAAUUAACUUGACGAUAUGCAGUUAGCCAAAGAUCAAAUUUUAAAUUAAAUGAUCAAAAUGUAAACCAAAUUGUAAAAUAUUUCAAAAAAUUGAAUUUUUAAAUUUUAUUUUUUUCUAAUUUUUUCACAAAAUUGUAUUGGAUUUUGAUUGUCAGACGUACUUAAUACAAUUUAAAAACAAGUUUAGGAAUUUCACUGCCAUCAGGCGUUUAGAAUAAACCUAAACCUAAAAAAUAUUUUUAAAUAUUUAGCUCAAUGAUUAAUAAUGAAAAUGUACUUUCAUGUGUAUUUCUAAACAUUAUCUAAGUACAACAAAAUUAGAAUUACUUUAUGAACAACAUGUAGUUGGAAACAUAUACAUUUUAAAGUUAAGUUAUCAAUUAAAUUGUAAACAAUAAACUAGUAUAAUUAA